AUGGCGGAAGAAGAAAGUUUGCGGGAGCUGAGUCGUGAAGAACGGCAGCUGAAGAAUUCCCUGAAGGCAAUUGUGAAAUUCGUCAACGAGUUCCAGCGAUCUAAUCAGGAGAACCAAAUUGAGUGUACGCCGAUCGAGAUUGCCAUGGACGAAGUAGACCCCGAAGAAGAUGAUGAAGACGUCAAGGAAACUGCAGAGGAACGAAAGAAACGCCUGGAAAAGGCAACCGCUACCCGUGAAGCCCAGUACGAUGAAGCGAUCCGUGUAGUGGAAGAGAAGUACUGUGAAGUUAAGGCUGCUCUAAUAUCGUUAAGACCGCCGAAGCCGAGUUCUUCCCAGUCGACUGCUGGAGUCCAAGCUCAUGUAGAUUUCGGGAUAUCGAGAGUCAAGCUGCCAGACAUAAAGCUGCCAUCCUUCAGCGGCAAGAUCAAGGAGUGGAUAACUUUCCGGGACACGUUUCGCAGCCUCAUUCAUAACAAUCGCCAGCUGGCGCCGAUCGACAAAUUUACUUAUUUGCGAUCCUCUGUCCACGGCGAUGCCCUACAAGAAAUCUGCUCGGUGGAGCUCUCGGCGGAGAAUUACGAAGUUGCUUGGAAGGCCCUGGAGAAGAAGUUUGAAAACAAAAAGCUCAUCGUAAAGGCGCAUCUGGAUGCGAUUUUUUCCGUGGAGCCGUUGCGACGAGAAAACUGCGAUGCGUUGAAUCACUUGAUCAACGAGUUCGACAGGAACCUCCAAAUGCUCAACAAAAUUGGGGAAAACACGGCGAAUUGGUCAACGAUCCUUGCGUACAUGCUCUGCUCUCGUCUGGACUCAGCCACCCUCCGGCUGUGGGAAUCACAUCACAACUCCAAAGAUGUUCCGGAAUUCGACGAGCUGUUGGAGUUUCUGCGUGAUCACUGUCUUGUUUUGCAGUCCAUCGCGCCUUACAAGCCCAUCGAAUCCGAGCAGAAGCGUGCUCGAGUCACAACGACGCACACGUCAUCCGAAUCUGCACGAAAAUGCCUGUUCUGUGCGGAGCCGUUCCAUCUUCCCUUCAAAUGCAACAAGUUCAAGGGCUUGACGAUUAAUCAGCGGGUAGAAGAGGCCAACAAGAAACGUCUGUGUCGCAACUGCUUAUCCGCAGGUCACUACGCAGAAGGUUGCUCCAAGGGUUCCUGUACGAAGUGCGGCAGAAAGCAUCAUACAAUGCUGCAUUUCGAGAACGCGCCAACGAGUCCGCGAGCACCGAAACUAUCCGUUCCACAAACGCAAGAUCAAACCCGCGCAGCAGGACAGACACAGCCACAACCAAGUCAAACACCACCAAAAGGUCAGACACAAACACCCACUCAACCAGCUACACAAACCACAAACUCCUACCCAGUGAUCCAAUCAAGCUCUCCGCACACUCCCCCACAACCCACUACAGACCCACACGCCACUGUUACUCUGAAAGCUGUUAAGCAAUCAGAAAAUAAGCAAUCUCUCCCUCGACAAGUACUAAUGUCAACCGCAAUUGUUCGAGUGCAAGACCCGUUCGGAAACGUUUCGUUUGCUCGAACGUUGCUGGACUCCUGUUCAGAGUUUUGCUACGUCACUACCAGCUUCUCCAAGAAGCUCAAGCUGAAGGAGACUCCAGCCCUUUUGAAAGUGGAAGGAAUCGGCAGCGGAAGCGUCACAUCGACGAAAUCGGUGCAAGCAAGGAUUCAACCUCGACAAGCAACACUCUCCGCCUUCGACGAAGAUAUGCAGUUCUACGUCCUGCCCAAGAUCACCCGGACGUUGCCGAUCAGCCCUGUCCAAGUGAAGGUACUGGAGAUACCAAGCGACAUCGUGUUGGCGGAUCCGACCUUCGGAGAACCUGGUCCCAUCGAUAUGAUCAUCGGUGCUGAAUUCUACAUCGAUCUUCUUGCUGCGGGACGACGAAAGCUCUCGGAUAGUGGUCCGACUCUCCAGGAAACCGUUUUCGGAUGGAUUGUGUCUGGUAGAGUUCCAGAAGUUCCUGCCAACAUUCCAAGAACGUCGACUUUCGUCAGCACGAUGGUUGAUCUGCAAGAACUCAUCGCCAAAUUCUGGGAGCUGGAGACGUGUCAUAUCAACAGCACGAACUCAGUGGAGGAAACAGCGUGUGAGGAGAUUUUCAACAGAACUACCACCCGAAACGGAGAAGGGAAGUUUGUCGUAGCCCUUCCACGAAAGGAGCACCCUCGAAAGGCGGCUGGACAGCGACCAGGAAUUGAAGGCGAUGUACACUGA